AUGGUGAAAUUCCUCGAGCCAAACAAAGUCGUCAUCGUCCUCCAAGGACGCUACGCAGGAAAGAAGGUCGUCAUCAUCAAGAACUUCGACGAUGGAACUCGUGAAUGUUCUUACGGCCAUGCUUUGGUUGCCGGGAUCAAGAAGUACCCAAACAAGGUUAUAACUCAUGAAUCGCGCGUGAAGGCCUUUGUCAAGCUGGUUAACUAUCAGCAUCUGAUGCCUACCCGUUACACUUUGGAUGUUGAUUUGAAGGAGGUGGUUACCAAUGAUGCGCUUUUGAGUAAUCUUCCGAUAAUCCUAAACCAGACAAGAAGAAGCUCGGAGGAAACACCAUCGACUCACCACUAUCGGCCAUCGAUUCACCACCGUCGGCCAUCGAUUCUCCCUCGUCAGCCAUCAAUUCCAACGAACACCGUUAUGAUUGACUAA